AUGGCACAGGAUCCAUCAGCAUCGCGCCCUGUCUCCAGACUGUCGAAGGAAAGCUCUCGGCAGCAAGGAACGACCGAAAGUCAUGUCUCGUCUCCUUUGAGUUCUGCGAAAGACCGAAGUAGGCCAGGAUCCCUUAACUUGAAUGAGAGUUCGCCUCUGCUUUCACCACAGCGGUCCCAGGAUGAGCGUGGACCCGAGGACCGCGGUACCUCUCCAGCACUAUUAGACUGGAACGAGGGGGAAGAGGAGCAAUCUAAGAGCACAUUUUACCUCAUCAUAUUGACCUUGGGCAUCGGAGGGCUACAAAUAGCGUGGGCGACGGAGCUGUCCAAUGGCUCUCCAUAUCUUCUUUCACUGGGCAUGAGCAAGUCCCUACUCGCUUUCGUAUGGAUUGCUGGGCCGCUCUCUGGUACUCUUGUUCAGCCGUACAUCGGGAUCCGAAGUGACAAUUGCCGGUCACCAUGGGGGAAGAGGGUACCGUUCAUGCUAGCAGGCGCAUUCGCUACGGCAAUUUCCCUUCUAUGCUUGGCCUGGACGAGGGAAAUCGUGCACGGAUUUCUCGGGCUUUUCGGCGCGAAUCCAGAAUCGCAUGGUGUCAAAGUCUGCUCAAUCAUCUUCGCAAUCAUCUUCGUAUACGUAUUAGAUUUUGCAAUCAAUACAGUUCAAGCGGGCGUCCGCGCCUUCAUAGUUGACUAUGCACCAACGCAUCAGCAGGAGGACGCCAAUUCGUGGGCUGGCCGAAUCACUGGCAUCGGCAACAUUCUAGGAUACAUCUCCGGCUACGUGAAUCUCCCAGAGAUCUUCCCCUGGCUAGGCAAUACACAAUUCAAGGUUCUCUGUGUCAUCGCCAGUGUCUCCCUCUGCGGCACGAUCGUGAUCACCUCUCUCUACAUCCGCGAACGCGAUCCUCGUUUUGAAGGCCCCCCUUCCGAGGCUAACCCUGGGAUCCUCAGCUUUUUUCGCCAAGUAUUCAACUCGAUACGUCGACUUCCCCCCCAGAGUCGCAAAGUCUGCGAAGUGCAGUUUUUCAACUGGAUGGGCUGGUUCGGCUUUCUAUUCUACAUCACAACCUGGAUCGGUCAAUUGCACGUCAACCCUUACUUCGCCUCACAUCCCGACCUCACACCAGCCGAAAUCGACAAAGCUUGGGAAGACGCCACGCGGGUUGGCACAUUCGCACUCUUGAUAUUCGCCAUCACCUCCUUCACCUCCAACAUGCUCCUCCCAUUCCUAGUCGUUCCCUCCUACCACGCCCCUCCUCCCAAGACUCCUUCCACUCCGCCGCACCACACUCCAGGGACACCCGGUACCCUCUCCGCAAGUACAUAUUUCUUUCCGUCCGCACCUUCACCAUCUCCAACGCUUCACGCCCGUUUAAGCCGCCUCUUGGACCUUUGCCAGAUAAAAUGGCUCACCCUCCGCCGUGCCUGGCUACUCUCCCAUAUUCUCUUCGCCCUCUGCAUGGCCUCGACGUUCUUUAUCUCCACCCCGACUCAAGCCACGGUCUUGGCCGGCGUCGUCGGCUUGCCAUGGGCUCUCUCUUUGUGGGCUCCUUUUGCUCUCAUAAGCGCUGAAAUAUCGAAACGAGACAGUGAGGCCCGGCGGGGAGGCCCCAACCCGAAGAACAAGCCAGAAGAUCAAGCCGGUGUAAUACUUGGUCUUCACAACGUCGCCGUUGCAGCUCCCCAAAUCGUUUCGACAUUGGUGUCGAGUGCCAUCUUCAAGCUCGCGCAGAAACAGAGAGGAGAACCCUACGAUACUAGCGUAGGGUGGGUACUUCGGUUUGGUGGACUAGCAGCACUGGUUGCAGCGGUCUUCACUUGGAGGAUCAGGGAAGACGCGGAGCCGGUUAAGGGGAACGGAAGAAAGCGGGAGGGAGGGACCGGGGAAGAGGAGAGAGGUUUGAGAGAUCAUCAGGAUGGGGAAGCGGUGUGA